AAGGUUAUUUGGCUGAGUUAGCGAAGUUUUUGCAAGCACAAAUCGUCUCUCAUUUGCGCUUUACUUUUCAAAGAAAGACGUAGUCGUGGUAUUUUUGUGUGUUUUCUGGACAUUUCCAGGCAUGGCGGGAAAUUUUAGUUUUCUCAGUUUUCGUAUGGGUUUUACGAAUAUGAAUAUCUUCAGAUUAGCUGGUGAUAUGUUGCAUUUGCUUGCGAUAAUAGUGCUAUUAGUGAUGAUAUUGAAAACUCGAUCAUAUGCUGGCAUUUCCGGAAAGUCCCAGCUACUUUUCGUCAUUGUAUACGUGACCAGAUAUUCGGAUCUCUUCACCACUUACAUCAACAUGUACAUCACUGUGAUGAAGAUACUCUAUAUAUUAGCAUCUCUGUCGAUUGUACUUUUAAUGGUAAUAUUCCGGAAGUCAUAUAGUCGAAAACUGGAUACCUUCCGGAUUGAAUUUCUCCUCAUCCCAGCUACCAUCCUCGCGCUCCUCUUCAACUAUGACUUCAUAACGCUGGAGAUUUUAUGGACAUUCUCCAUUUACCUGGAAGCUGUGGCUAUCCUACCACAAUUGUUCUUCAUCAUCAAGUCAGGCGAAAUUCAACCCAUGAUGGCUUUCUACUUAAUCGCCAUGGGAACUUACAGGGCUUUGUAUAUCCUCAACUGGAUAUAUCGCUACAUUGAAGCAGGGCAUCACGAUUUCAUUUCAAUCACGGCAGGAGUAGUACAAACCGUCAUUUACUGCGCAUUUUUAGUUUACUACAAAAUCAGAAAAUCCAUCCACAAGAAGCAUUCUAUAUGGAUAAUUAAGGACCUGCAUCAGCAGAGUGAUCACGCAACGGACAAAGAUCAACAAGAAAUCGUUAAGCCAGAAUUACAACCAUUUUGUGAGAAAUCAGAUAAACCGGAAUUGCGUAAAAACGGAUUUGAUAAUUUAAAAGAUUACCCAUUGGCAAAAAUUUGGCACGAAGACAUGAAAAAGUCAUCACCGUCAAAUUUAAAUUUCAUAUUGUAACGGUGUUAAGAAGGAAAGUUUGUCUCCUUUUGACAAAAUUUUGACAAGGUCCACUUGGCCGCUUUACAAAUCUUUACUUAAGUUAAAAUGUUGAGCCUCAAUGGAUGAGUUCUAAACACCUUAAACUCUUGAAAAUUUUUAAUGAUCCAAAGGGGAUUUGAACCCGGAACACAUGUAUUAUAUUUUAUAUGCCAAUAAAUAAAAUGUUUAGUAAGCAUACAAAAUUAUUUGAAAAAUAAAACAUUGAGAAAUCAAAA